AUGUCCCCCCCAAAGAAGGCCGCUAAUCGUUCGGCAUCUGCUCGCUCGCCAAACAAAAGGACGAGUACCGGGGAAAGCGUUAAACGCGCUCGAGCCCAUUGCGCUCGCGUCAUAUGUCGUGCGCUGAAGGAGCAUUACAAUGAGCAUCAACUUGCGGCUAUUCUUGGUUGUCAUUCCAACACAAUACGCAGGGCUUUUCUUAAUUGUCAUGACUUGAGCGCAGCCCCAGAACAAAGACAACCGAUUGACGACCUAAACGAAGACCCUGAAAUUUUGCGCGAUAAUCGACAGCGCUAUCAUGAAAUCAUCUCACGACUCGAACAGGCAUAUGGACCUCCUACUAGCACAUCACCGGAAUCUGAGCCUGACUCGGACACGGAAGACCAACCCAUGCCAGACAUUGACUCCCCAAACCACGGCCGAAUUACACAGAGCCAGUCACCCGAGUUCCAGUUCGAAGAUCGGUAUGGACCUCGCGCUAGCCCGUCACCGAAAUCUGGGUCCGACGACCAACCCAUGGUAGACAUCGACUCCCCAAACCACGGCCGAAUUACGCAGAGCCAGUUACCCGAGUCCCAGUUCGAACAUCAAUGCUUGGAAUCCAACCUCAGUCAAACUAACACAAUUCGUGAAUCGGAUGUUCUCGCUGCUGAACCAUGUAUUUCUACCGUCAACAACACCGUCAACAACACCGUCAACAAUGCUUCCAUGGCUCCUAAUUCCUAUUUCGCUCCGUCGUGGUCAACUCUCGAGACGCCUUCGCAGGUGGUCGCUACCUACAUGGGCACAAUAACUCAUCCGUCAUCCGGUCGUCUGGAAUCCACGGCUAAACCGUCAACUUCGAUUGCAGCAAACACCUGCAUAGCUCCCAGUUCCGCGCCAUCACAGUCAGCUCUUGAUAGCAUGCCCUCGCAGGUAGUUGACAUCGCUAAGGGUAGUGCGAUAACUCCACAACAAUCCGGCGAUGUGGAAUCCACAGCCAAUUCGUCAGCUUUGAUUCCGGCACACGGUUGCAUGGUAUCCAAUACCAACAUGUCAGAGCCAAGUCUCGAGAGCUUUCUUGCAACCAUCCAACCCCCACUUUCCUCUCACCUCCGACUGCUUAAUCAUCACGGAAUUCAUCAAAUGCUCGAUCUCUCUAGCCUGGUCGCUGAAACAUUGAUCGACACGCAAAUUCGAAUCGAAGGUCUUUUUUGGGCCCCUCCCAAACAUGAAAUGGACGAGUUGCUGCCUCGGUUCGAAGGUCCUCGGAUGACGAAAGCCCAAUGUGUGGCUCUCGGACAAAGUCUUCGAGCACGGUUGAAUAUCGAUCGGAAGCAUCAUACUCCGAAGAACCCGUCAUCUCUGGCUGGACUUUUGGCAGGAAUUUGUCCAGAUCUGUCUUCCCACUUGGCAGUAUUCCAAGGCUGCGACAUACGGACGCCAAUUGAUCUCUAUUCUUUGAUCGGCCAAGAUUUUACGACGACCCAUAUUCGCAUUCUCAGCUUGUUUCACGUACCAUUCGAGCAAAAUAUUCAGGAGCUGACUGCGCAUCUUACUGGUCCAGGACUGUCGAGGGUAGAAUGCUUCGCAUUGGCGCAGUUACUCGCCAAACUUCACCGCCAGCAUCCCACGUGGUCUGAAUGGCAAGAAACAUUCCAUAAACCGAUCGGCACGUAG